AUGUUCCAUUCAAGUGCAGGUGUCGGUCGGACGGGUACCUAUAUUUGCAUUGAGAGUUUGAUUCGUCAACUCCAGGCAGAACACGUCGUUUGUAUUCGUGGUUUUCUAGAGCACAUACGUCAACAGCGCAUGAAGUUGGUCCAGACAGAGCAACAAUAUGCAUUUAUCCAUGACGCACUUCGCGAGUAUGUUUUAUACCCGUGCCAUACGAUUCGGGUGGCCCACUUCCGUGACUAUUUGCAUCAUUUACGGGAGUUGGAUUCGUCUGGGCGUUCCAAUUUGGAUAAACAGUUUGAUAUGUGUGUCGAGUUGCACGGUGAUUCAACGGAGAUGUCUCGAUCGCGAACUCUUUCCACCGUCAGUCGGCGCGGUUCUUCGUUUGUCUACGGCACGGCCGAUGUUCUGGGCAUUAAUUCAUCUGCGUUACAUGGCUAUCACAUGUUGUCUGAGUAUAUUGUCGCACGACAUCCGCUGGCCGGGACGGAAACUGAAUUCUGGAAGAUGGUGUGGGACGAGAAUUCCUCCAUCAUUGUUUGUUUAUCCGGUCCAGAUUUACCUCCAUUCUGGCCGAAUAAACCGAGUGAGGUCCGAACUAUCGGUUGGCUGCACGUGAGCUACGCCGGCAGUACAGCUUAUCGUGAUCGAUUGACAAGGUACGAAUUCUUGCUGACGUCAGACAGAGAGGACUAUGCACUCGCUUGCACGUUGUGGCGCUUUGAUGGUUGGCCUUCGGUGGAGCUCGAUACGGAUGCAGAACUCGGGCUGGCAGAUUCGUUACUUGAUCUGACCACACACGUGGUCGAGGAGGAUGAUGUGGACGACGGGGAUGAUGGAGAUGGAGAUGAUCGGGACGAUGUGUGCCACCGAUCCACUGGGCCAAUAGUGGUUGUUGAUAAGUGA